AUGCAGAAUCAUUGUUGUGUUAUUGUUGCAGGUCCGAUUUGCUGUUAUUAUGUUGUGAUUGAUUGUUGUUGGCAAAUUCAUGGAGAAUUGGCGUCGUAUCAAUUGUUUAACAUCUUGCACUCCAAAUUCCUGUCACAAAGCUUAACCAAAUGGGCAACCAGGAACACUGUGAAUGGUUGCCCACCUGUUUGUUGCUACAGCUUUGACAACUUGGACAAAAGAACUUGGACUUAUAUAUUUGAAGCAUGUUGUGCUACAACUGUGUUCAUUCCAUCGUUUCAUAAUUACCGUAUUUGGUCUUUUCUUGGACUUGGAAUGACCACUUACACUGCCUGGUAUCUUACUAUAGCGGCUAUUGUUCAUGGACAGGCAGAAAAUGUGACACAUACUGGUCCAAAAAAGCUAGUGCUAUAUUUCACAGGAGCAACCAAUAUUCUAUACACAUUUGGUGGACAUGCUGUUACAGUGUAUGUUUUUUGA